CUACAUAGCACCACUCUAGCCUCACCACACCGUCCACCACGGCCCCCGCCGCACGCCGCACCCCGCUAGCGCCACUCUAGCCUCACCACACCGCCGCCCAUCAUGGCCACGCACGAGGACCACAACGUCCUGCAGCCCUGGGCCUCGCUCGAUCUCACCAAGUUCUCAGUUGCGCUCGGUGUGCUAGGAUUUUACUUGGUCACGAUUGGCCAGUUGUCGUACCUCCUCAAGGCCCGCCUCCUCAUGUCGUCGGCCCUCAUCGCCCUCUGCGUCGGUAUCGCCGUCGGACCAAUCGGCCUCGACUGGAUAUCGCCGUGGCAAUGGACGUCGUUCGACGAGGAGUCGCGGCGCAACCUCACGUUCCAGAUCAUGCGCGUCGUCAUCGGGAUCCAGGUCAUGUUCGCCGGCAUCGACCUGCCCGCCGCGUACCUGCGCCGCGAGGCGAGGUCCCUCUUCAUGCUCCUCGGGCCCAUCAUGACGGCGGGCUGGUUCAUCUCGGCGGGCUUCAUCCUCCUGUUCAUCAAGGACCUCACGUUCCUCGAGGCGCUCGCCAUCUCGGCGUGCAUCACCCCGACCGACCCGAUCCUCGCCAACGCCAUCGUCAAGGGCCGGUACGCCGAGAAGCACGUGCCCAAGGCCGUGCGCGACAUCAUCUCUGCCGAGUCGGGCGCCAACGACGGCCUCGGGUUCCCGUUCCUCUUCAUCGCGCUCAACCUCAUGCAGCGCUCGAACCACGGGCGCGACAUUGGCCAGUCGAUCGCCCACUGGGUCGUCACGACGUGGCUGUACCAGAUCUUCCUGUCGUGCGCGAUCGGCGCCGUCAUUGGCUUCCUCGCGGCCAAGACGCUCAAGUUCUGCCACGCGCGCCAGCUGGUCGACCACGAGUCGUUCCUCGCGUACGGCGUCGGCCUCGCCCUGUUUACGCUCGGCGUCGUCGGCAUCCUCGGCAGCGACGACAUCCUCGCCUGCUUCGUCGCCGGCAACAGCCUGACGUGGCACGACUUUUACCGCAUCGAGAAGCACGAGCACGAGGACACGUUCCAGGACGUCAUCGACGGCCUGCUCGACACGGCGACCUUCAUCUACAUCGGCGCGCUCAUCCCUUGGUCCGAGUUCUCGAGCGAGCACCUCGUCCCGUGGCGCCUCGUCCUGUUCGCCAUCUGCAUCCUCCUCUUCCGUCGCCUGCCGGCCAUGUUGCUCUUGUACCGGUACAUCCCGGCCCUCGACGGCCUCAAGGAGGGUCUCUUUGCCGGCUGGUUCGGCCCGAUCGGCGUCUCUGCGCUCUACUACGCCAUCCUCGCGCUCGAGACGCUUCCCGAGGAGCGCGUCGUCCUGCGCGAGGUCAUCUUCCCCGUCGUCAUCUUCAUGGCCAUGUCGUCGACCAUCGUCCACGGCAUCACGAUCCCGCUCGAGGACCGAGGUCGGGAGGCAGGACCAUGCUGCGAGCGGCGGCGGAACGGACCAGGGCAAGGAGCGGCACGUCACGUACGCGCUGCCGGACGAGGUGCCGAACGGGUUCUAGAGUAGAGUUAUCGAACGAGCGAGCGAGCGAGCGAGCGAGGAGGGAGCUGCAAUGUCGGAGCGCGAGUGCGAGUUUGAGAAGGUC